GGAAAAAGUUUUGACAAGGAAACGAAAAUGAUUGCGAAAUCAGACAGUUGACGAAGGAACACUUUCUUUUAAAACGUCGAGGGGGAAACUGAGUUUUUUUUAGCGUUGAUCAGUUCACAUAUGCCUAACGCGGAGCAAGCAUUUAACGCUAUGUUGUUAGAUAUCUCUAACGAGCUCAACGAAAAGAACUUGGAGGAGCUGAAGUUCCUGUGCUCUAAUAAAAUCGGGAAGAAACACCUGGAAAAUGUAAAGGUGGGCAUUGAUCUUUUUCGGCAUCUCAAGGAAGUAAAUGAACUAAGACUUGACGAUGCAACGUUUCUCUGCACAUUACUGAAUCAAAUAAAGCGACGGGAUCUUUUUGACAAAGUGCAGGUGUACAUGCAAAAGAAUGCAACAAGAGAUAUAGGUCUAACUGAAACCGAGGAACAAGCAAAAGUGAAAAUAGCAGUUGAUGUCAUUGUUGCUAACCUUGGGACACGCUGGCGACAAUAUGCCAGGAAGCUUGGACUGCAUGAUGCAAAACUUGACCAAAUCCGUGAGAAGCACCCUUUUAACCUCGAGGAGCAGGUGAUGGAGGUCAUCAAUGUGUGGAAGGGGAUGCACAAAGAGGAUGUCAAGGCAGCUGUUUUGAUAGAAGCACUUCGCUCUUGCAAGCUAAAUCACACCGCUGAUCUAGUUGAGAAGGAGAUUGCUGUAUUCCAGACAACUCGGACGUCGGAGGUCGGACAAACUUGAAGUUGGGGUAGAUCGACACCGAGUUCAGAAGUGAGAACUCCGACUUCAAGUGGCGUUCCAUUGUACUUUUCCCCAGUAGGAGGUCAGAAUUCUUGACCUCCGAGUUUGUCUGGAAUGAAAUUUGGAGAUUCCAACAAGGAAAUAUCUGCAUAGGGUUCCCGAACACCUUGGUCAUAAUUAACUCCUUGCUAAUAUGAAAGAAUUGGCUGAUUGAUUAAAAUAAUUAGGCCAGGCCUACUGAUUGUUCAUGA